AUGGCACUGUUUUUUGGGACGUUCCUUGGGAUGCCUCCAAAAAAAGACUAUUCAAUGAAGUCAAAAGAGGAAGAACGAGCGGAGCUUUCCGAAGGGGGCAAACGCAAAUUUAAUAUGAGAAAUUAUGUCGUUCGUGCGCAUUUUGAAAAUGCUGAUGAUUUUGAGGCGUGGAUAGCAUCGGAAACAGAGAAAGCUCCCUGGUACAUGGUAUCAACUUAUACAGCUGCGGGGACAACAAAACGAAUUUACGCCUGCGCAUUUCGUAAAAGGGCUGGGUUCAAAAAGUGUGAGAGGCAGCUGAAAGUUGAGUUUUAUCAGAAUGGUGAAGUGAAGGUAAUGGACUCGAGUGACAGUGAUGAACACAUACAUGAAAUCAGCGACGGCACCAAUGAUGGAGGGAAGCUGCGGACCUUGACUCAUUUUCGGAAUGCUGAAGCAUUUAAUGCCUGGAUGGACGAUCAGAUGAAACGUUUUCCAUGGAAAAGAAGAACUGGACAGGGGAUUAACGUUGAAGUUUAUCAGUGUUGUCACAGGCCGCGAUAUGGACGUCUUUGUAGGCGAAUUCUACAGGCUGUUCGUAGUCCUAAUGGUGUUAUCACGAUUAAAGAACCGGAGGGUUUGCCUCCACAUGACCAUCCGCCAGUGACCAAUAAGCGCUAUUCAUGCUCAGAGGGGUAUGAAGAGGAAGAUGCAACUCCAAGCAGUAGCCGUGUUAUGUCUUUAAGGAAGCGGUUGCGAUACACUAAAGAUAACGAUGCGGAGCAAGGAACACCGACGAGGUCAGACACUACAGAAACGGAAACAAAACUUAAUGUUAAAGAGGAUAUAUCUAUAAAAGCGGAGCCUUCGUUGGAAGACUUCGUAAUAGUUUCUGACGAGUUUUAUGAGAGUGACCCCGUAAGUCAUGAAAAAACAAGUGAUAGUGGCGAUAAAAGUUUGAAAAUUGAAAACAAGGAUGACGACAGUGAAUUCCAAUUGAGAAACCACAGUGGGAGUGAAAAGGAGCAUGAUGGAAAUUUGGAUAUACAUAAAAGUGACGAGUGGCGGUAUGACUUAAAAUAUUUUGAAAAGGAAUUAGCCUUGAUGUUAUCGAAGACGCCAUUGGAACGUUUGCCAGAAGUGCGAGAGAAAUUGAGGCAUGAGAUGGACUUAGUAUAUGCUCGUCAGAUUGUGAAUGAAAUUGCUACAGGGUUUAAUUCUGAAGAGGGACGGCGUGAGGUAAUUGAUCGCAUUAAUGGUGUUCUACAUGGUCUAUGA